GAGAGGUGGAGGUAGAGACAGAGGAAGAGACAGCUGUGGAGUGAGAUACACAGAACUGCAAGGAGAGAGCAAUAGAGAAAUAGAGAUAGUUUGACAGAGAGUUAGAGAGACGGAAAAGAGGCACACACAGCAUUCCCCCUCCACUCACCCUUCGUCUUACCCUCGACCCUUGUCUCCCUUCUUACGACCACCUGAGGCAGAGACACACAGCUCUACCAGCGCAGGGGGGAGAGGACUGGACACACACUAACACACACUCAUUUUCUCUCUGUUGAAAGAAGACAGGAAUACACACUUUCUUUUUGUUUUCUGUCUCCGCUUCUACUCUCGUUCUUGGACAGGAAAAAAGGAUUCCAGUUUGUUUCUUCAGCACAAAGAGUUUUCCUUUAUCCUCCAGAAGCCCUGAGUCACGUUGGGCCUCCUUUCUCCCUCCGAGAGCUCAGAGCAACAUGGCACAGGGACAAAAGAACCACAGCCACAACAGGCAGCAGCGGAGGGGACCACUACUCACUAACCCCUUCUCCACCGUGGCACUAUCCCUCCUCCUUUUGCUCCUCACCUCCCCCGCCUCGGCCGCUGACGAAUACGACUACUACAGCUGGCAGUCGGACAACUUCCACAACGGCCGCUUCUACACCAAGGAGCCGCAGUGUGUGGACAUCCCCACCGAUUUACGCCUCUGCCACAACGUGGGCUACAAGAAGAUGCGCCUGCCCAACCUGCUGGACCACGAGACCAUGCCCGAGGUCAAACAGCAGGCGGGUAGCUGGGUGCCGCUCCUCGCCAAGCGAUGCCAUGCGGAUACACAGGUGUUCCUGUGUUCCCUGUUUGCCCCUGUGUGUCUGGACAGGCCCAUCUACCCGUGUCGUUCGUUGUGUGAGGCCGUGAGGGACAGCUGUGCCCCCGUUAUGGAGACAUACGGGUUCCCCUGGCCGGAGAUGUUGACCUGCGAUAAGUUUCCUAUUGAUAAUGAUCUGUGUAUCCCCAUACAGUUUGCUGGGAACCAGGCCACCCCGGCGCCAGACACCUUUGCCAGUAAGGUGGCAGCCAUCCAGGACCAGUAUGCUGACGCAUCCAUCGGCAACGUGACGGGCAGCAACGCGGUCAAUGUGUUCCUGGGCAUCGGCGUGGCCUGGUCCAUGGCUGCCAUCUACCACAACUCCAAGGGCAACGACUUCAAGGUAGACCCGGGGAGCCUGGCCUUCUCCGUCACUCUCUUCACCAUCUUCGCCUUCAUCUGCGUGGGGGUGCUGAUGUACCGGAGGCGACCUUCGAUCGGCGGCGAGCUGGGGGGUCCGCGGACUCCCAAGAUACUGACCACCAUGCUGUUUGUCAGCCUGUGGCUGCUGUACAUUCUGUUCUCCUCGCUGGAGGCCUACUGCCACUUCAAGGCCUUCUAAACAGCAUCAGACUUAAGAAGGCCCAAGAAGAGCUAACCAGAGACAAGAAGGAGGCAACAGCAGUGGUGAAAAACAUUUUCCUCUUGUCAUUAAUAACUCCCCCUUUCCUCCUAUCCCCCUUUUAAGAAGUGAAAGAUCUGCCCCCCUCUGUCCCCAUGGUCUAGUGCUUAAUGGAUGAAACUGGUUGUUCAGGCGAGGAGAGGCCUGUCAAGGCUAGGACAGACA